UUCUUCUGCUCUGCAUAUCUGUUAAGAAUAUCAAACUUUGAUCUAUCCGUUACCUUUGUAGUUCCACAGAGUCUCGUACCUUCCCUGUAACGUCAUCCCUUCGUGUAACAAUACCACCUUUACAAUUGCUAGAGUUGGAUUCAGACCUGCAGUUAAAAAGAGAUGAGCCACCGUAGAGCAAGCUCCAGAAUCUUGGCAUUACAAAUCCUUAGUGGAUCGCUUCUUUUGUGCAUGAGCUCAACAUUUAGCUCUGCAACUAUGACCCUACAAGGAACCGAAACUGAUUUUCAAGCUUUGCUUGACUUGAAGAGUCGGAUAUCUCAAGAUCCAUUCAAAAUAAUGAGUUCCUGGAACAACUCCAUCCAUCACUGCAAAUGGGUAGGAAUCACCUGCAACAUAUCCACCGGACGGGUGGUGCAACUGAGUCUUGGACAACAGAGAUUGACUGGUACAAUUCCCUCUUCAAUAGGAAACCUCACAUUCCUCAGAAUACUUAAUCUAAGCAUCAACAGCUUCCACGGUGAAUUUCCUAAUGAAGUGGGACGUCUGCUAUACCUUCAAACUCUAACGGUCACCCUUAAUUACUUCAGCGGAGGUGUACCAAGUAAUCUAAGUCACUGUAAGGAACUGAGGAUUUUAUUUGCAGGUAAUAACAAUUUAACAGGAAAAAUCCCUACAUGGAUAGGGAAUUUUUCUUCUUUAUCUCAUAUCGGGCUUGGAGUGAACAACUUCCAUGGAAGCAUACCAAAAGAGAUGGGCUAUUUAUCAGGCUUGAAAUUUCUGGGACUCAAUGGUAAUUACCUAUCUGGUACAGUUCCUAUUUCUAUUUACAACAUUUCCUCUAUAUUUUACUUCGCUGUUGGUCAAAACAAUCUGCAAGGUAUUAUACCAUCUGAUAUUGGAUUUAGUCUUCCUAACCUUGAGAUAUUUGGCGGAGCGGUCAACAAUUUCACCGGUAUUGUUCCAGUAUCAUUGGUAAAUGCUUCGAGGCUGCAAUUACUUGAUUUUGCUGAAAAUGCUCUAACUGGAAAACUGCCUGAGAACUUGGGAGUUUUGAAAAGUUUAUUUUGGCUCAACUUUGAUGACAAUAGACUUGUAUCUAAUGGAAAAUAUUAUUAUGGCCUUAGUUUUCUUACUUCUCUGGUCAAUUGCACUGAACUUGAAGUUUUAGGUCUUAGAGGAAAUAUGUUUGGAGGAGAAUUGCCCAAUUCAAUAACUAAUCUUUCAAGCAGAUUAAGAAAAUUAACGUUAGGUGAAAAUGCAUUAUAUGGAAGCAUCCCUGCUGCCAUUGGAAAUCUUGCUAGUUUGGAAAGUCUAGGAUUGGAAGGAAACCUUCUAGCCAGCAGUGUCCCUGAUGGAAUGGGCAAACUCCAAAAUUUAGGCCGUUUGAAUUUGAAUGGCAACAACCUUUCAGGAACAAUCCCUUUGUCUCUGGGAAACUUGACUUCAUUAACACAGCUCUUCAUGGAGGAUAACAACUUUGUGGGAAGUAUACCUCCAAGCCUUGGAAAUUGUCAGAACCUUCUAGUACUAAGUCUUUAUAACAACAAACUCAGCGGCACCAUACCGAGACAAGUGCUUGGCAUUUCUUCACUUUCAGUGUACUUGGACGUCUCUAAUAAUGUUCUUACAGGACCUUUACCAGAUGAAGUGGGAAAUUUACAUGGUCUAACAAAGCUGGUACUCUCAGAGAAUAACUUUUCCGGUGUCAUUCCAUCUUCUCUUGGAAAAUGUGUCAGCUUGGAGCAGUUGUACUUGCAGGGUAAUUUGUUUGCAGGAGAGAUUCCUAAGAGUUUAGAGGGACUGAGAGGUUUGGAAGACAUAGAUCUUUCACGUAACAACUUGUCUGGGAAGAUUCCUGAAUUCCUCAAUGAGUUUGUAGCUCUCAAACAUCUCAAUCUUUCUUACAAUGACCUUGAGGGUGAAGUGCCAAAGGGAGGAAUCUUUACAAAUGCAACUUCCACUUCAUUAUACGGAAACAGCAAGCUCUGCGGUGGUAUCCCAGAAUUUAAUCUAUCUACAUGUACAACCACAUCGACAAGAAAAUCUCUCGCGCUGAAGGUGGCAAUCCCUCUUGCUAGCACUUUGGUGUUUGCCAUCCUUCUAUCAUGCUUUCUUGCACUCUUUUUCAUGGCAAAAAGAGUGAAGAAAAGAUCAGAAGAAAAUGCAAUCAACACAAGGGAUUUGAACCCAGAAAUUUCUUACGCAGAAGUGGCUAGAUGCACUAGUGGUUUCUCUCAAGAAAACUUGAUCGGUUCGGGAAGAUUUGGUUCGGUAUACAAAGGAACUCUCACUAGAGACAACGCAUUAGUUGCAGUGAAAGUAUUCAAUCUUCAUCAAAGAGGAGCUUCAAGGAGUUUCACUGACGAAUGCAAAGCUUUGAGAAGAAUAAAGCACCGGAACCUUCUCAAGAUCGUAACUGCUGUAUCAAGCAUUGAUCACCAAGGUAAUGACUUCAAAGCUCUGGUGUUCGAGUUCAUGUCUAAUGGGAAUCUAGAUGAUUGGAUACAUCUAAGAGAUAAUGUGCAACGGGAGAGCAAGAGAUUGACAUUUGUCCAAAGACUGAACAUAGCAAUUGAUGUUGCUUGUGCACUGGAAUAUCUCCACCGUUUUUGUCAAACACCUAUCGUACAUUGUGAUAUAAAACCAAGCAAUGUACUGCUUGACAAUGAUUUGGUUGCCCAUGUUGGUGACUUUGGACUAGCAAGCCUUCUAUACGAAGAAUCAAGCGACUCUUCCAUUUCACAAGAACACUCAACCAUGUCAGGUGGCCUAAAGGGUUCUAUUGGGUAUAUUCCACCAGAGUAUGGUAUGGGCGGACAACCUUCAACACUAGGAGAUAUCUACAGCUAUGGGAUACUAUUACUGGAGAUUUUCACAGGAAAAAGACCCACAAAUGAUGAAUUUGAAGGCGGGAUGGAAAUUCACCAGUAUGUGGCAAUGGCUUUACCCAAUGAAGCCUUGGAGAUAGCUGAUCCUUCCUUGCUACCUGAAGAAGAAGAUAAGGAUGAAGAGAUAUACUUGGAGGAGAGAGCAAUAAGGAAGGAAAAUCGAAGGAGGAGAGUAACAGAGGAUUGCCUGAGUUCAUUGAUGCAAGUGGGAGUAUCUUGCUCUGCAAGUCUGCCAUCAGAGAGGCCGCAGACUAUGACUGUGGUUGUUAACAAACUCCAAGCAAUCAAGAAAGUGUACAUCGCCAGAUAAAUAUGCGUUUGUGACAAAUAAUUGGAGCGAGAGAAGAGAUGGUAUUCAUUGGGUGUUCUAUUUGAACUUAUUUUCUGUAGUGGACCUAAUGCUUCAAAUGACCAGGACUUAAACAGCUCAUCUUAUGACGCAGCUCACCGAUGUAAACCAACGGUAAAACUGUGCCUGAUUGAGUCAUAUCAUUAAUAGAUACAGGACAACCUUCAAAGACACUUGCAUGGUUUUCUGUUAGAGAGCAUCAUGGACAAAUUUCCGCAAGAGGAGAUGAACCUUGAGUUCGUCCUCCAAUUUCCAAAUUUUCUUCCAAAUUGCUGAAGAUUCCCGCUCUGUUCAAUCUGAUCACAAUGUUUUGGAUACAUCAAUUCAUGAAAUAAUGACUCAUUUUCUACA